CUUCGGGGUGAAGCGAAGGUCCAGCCCCAUGGCGCUCGCCUCCCGGCUGUGGCGCGUUUUCCCUGGAGGACGCGGAGCCGCCUCGGGCUUCCGGCUCCCGAGGAGGACUUGUGGUAGCCGUGCGCCGUGCGGCUGUCGUCCUCCCGGCGGCUCCGAGGUGAUAGGAAACAUAAAAACAUUCAAAAGAGGCCUUUUAUUCUCAGCUUUGUCUUAUUUGGGUUUUGAAACUUACCAAAUCAUUUCUCAGGCUGCUGUGGUUCAUGCCAAAGAUAAAGUUGAGGAAGUCCUUGAACAAGCAGACUAUCUAUAUGAAAGUGGAGAAACAGAAAAACUUUAUCAUUUACUAACCCAGUACAAAGAAAGUGAAGAUGCAGAGUUAUUGUGGCGUUUGGCACGAGCCUCACGUGAUAUAGCUCAGCUUAAUAGGACUUCAGAAGAGGAGAAAAAGCUUUUGAUCUAUGAAGCCCUAGAGUAUGCAAAAAGAGCACUAGAAAAAAAUGAGUCAAGUUUUGGUGCUCAUAAGUGGUACGCAAUCUGCAUAAGUGAUGUUGGAGAUUAUGAAGGCAUCAAGGCUAAAAUUGCAAAUGCCUACAUUAUCAAGGAGCAUUUUGAGAAAGCAAUUAAGUUGAACCCUAAAGAUGCAACCUCAAUUCACCUUAUGGGUAUUUGGUGCUACACAUUUGCUGAAAUGCCCUGGUAUCAAAGAAGAAUUGCUGAAAUGCUGUUUGCAACUCCUCCUAGUUCUACCUAUGAGGAGGCUUUGGGCUAUUUUCACAGGGCAGAGCAAGUGGAUCCAAACUUCUACAGCAAAAACUUGCUCCUUUUAGGAAAGACAUACUUGAAACUAAACAACAAAAAGCUUGCUGCGCUCUGGCUAAUGAAAGCCAAGGAUUAUCCAGCACACACGGAAGAAGAUAAACAGGUACAAACAGAAGCUGCUCAGUUGCUUACAGGUUUGUGACAAGAAUUGAGAAAGUUCUAGAGAAGAAACACCAAGCAUCUAACAAAUUUUGCCUUUUCAUUUAUAAAGAUAUAAACAUUAACUACAACUGU